AUGGAAAACCUAUCAGAAUUAGCCACCAUUUAUCCGAAUGUCAAAAUCCUUCACUUUCACGUGGAUGUGAAAAACAACCGAUUGGAUUUUAAGUUUCAAUUGAAGGAUGGACCCCGACACGUACCACAUUAUGGCCUUCUGUUAGCAGGUGUGGCUGGCUUACCAAGCUCGGUGAUUGAAUCUGCCAGAAACAUCACAGCAAGGAUUACAGAUAAGGAAGUAAAGAGAAUGGAAGUGAAUUGCCUACAAUAUCAUUCAAUACAUAUGGCUUACCGUGUUGCUCAGCGGCUGAUAUGCUUAAAAUACUCCAGUCAAGAUGAAGAUUCCAUCCGGCAAGCACUGCAGAAUCUCAAAGAGAGUCAUGCUGAAGCCCAGCUAUAG